AUGAAGCUCCUCUACCCGACGUCGCUGCACCUGAACGUGCAAGACCUCGAGGGCUUUUCGGUGUCGCUGCACCCAUACGACGUCAAGCAGGAGAUCCCCGCCGACCUGCUCGACGCGGAGGUGCUGGUGACGUGGACCAACUCGGCGGCCAACCUCAAACACGCGGCCCAGCACAUGACGGCGCUGCGCUGGAUCCAGUCGCUGGCCGCGGGCCCCAACGACGUGCUCGCCGCCGGCUUCGACCCGGCCAAGGUGACCAUCACCACGGGGUCCGGGUUGCACGACCGCACCGUGGCCGAGCACACGCUGGGCCUGCUGCUGGUGGCGGCGCGCAAGUUCCACGAAAUGCGCGACUACCAGAUGCGCGACCCGCCCGUGUGGCCGCAGCACCUGGGCGGCCCGCAGCCCGACCGGCCCAAGGGCGCCUUCACCACGCUGCGCGACGCCAACGUGCUGGUCUGGGGCUUCGGCAACAUCGCCAAGACGCUGACGCCGCUGCUGCGCCUGCUGGGCGCGCAGGUGCGCGGAGUGGCGCGGCGGCCGGGCGUGCGUGACGGCGUCGAGGUGUACGGCGAGGACGACCUGCCGCGGCUGCUGCGCGAGACGGACGCGCUGGUGAUGAUCCUGCCCGGCAGCGCGAGCACCCGGCAUGCGCUCAACGCCGAGCGGUUGGCGCUGCUGCCGUCGCACGCAUGGGUAGUCAACGUCGGGCGCGGCACGUCGGUGGACGAGGACGCCCUGGCCGAUGCCCUGACCGCGGGCACCGUCGGCGGCGCCGCCCUCGACGUCUUCGAGACCGAGCCGCUGCCCCCGCACAGCAAGCUGUGGCACGCGCCCAACUGCGUCGUCAGCCCGCACGCCGCGGGGGGGCGGCCCCAGGACGCCGAGAAGCUGAUCGCCGCCAACCUGCGGCGGUUCCUGGCCGGGCAGAAGUUGGAGAACGUCAUUUAA